AUGUUGAUAAAUUCCGAAACGGAACCAAUAAACGUAAGCAUGUCCCUAGCAUGCGAAAUAGUAAGGAAAGAUCCAAAAACCGGGGAAGAAGUAUCCACCGUUAUCCCCUUCAUGUCGAAAACCCACAAACUCGUCGGUAAAGACGACACAGAAGAGGUUUACGACAUCAUGAAGGAAAAAAUGCUGAAGUACUUUUCAGAUUAUCAAAACCGAGGCAGUGGGUGGAGACUGCGGAGGGUAGAUCUGCUCGAAAUUCACAUCGAAGAAUUCCAACCACUUAGGGGAAAAGGACACGAACCACUACCCGAGUCAAUUGCUAAAAAGAAGCAGGUCAUCAAUAUGAAAAACGACGACGACGAGUGCUUCAAGUGGGCCGUAACUCGCGCCAAACCCUACCGACACCCAUCCGUAAAGAAUCUCAAAGGAACUCAAAUAACAGUCUGA